CCAGAUGCAAUGAGAAGGAAGCUAUUCUGUACUGAAUCAGCAUGGGAUAGAGUGCCGAAAAGACGUUCAGACCAAGCACAGCUAGCGCGUCCCUGCUGGUUCUCCAUUCUGCAUCCGUGCAGCCACGUUCUAUUGAUGGCCUGUUGUGAUUUCAAUGGAACAUCAUGGGAUGUACCUGGCACGUCGGGCAGCACUGGAUGGAGGUGCCUUUAGCCCAAUGUACCUGGCAUGGUGGUAAGGUGAAAGCGAGAGGAAGAGAAGGUGGAGAUGGAACUGCCAAAUCAUGCCAAACAACUGCUACUGCAGCUGAACCAGCAACGAGCCAAAGGUUUCCUCUGUGAUGUGAUCAUUGUGGUAGAAAAUGCCCUGUUUCGUGCCCAUAAGAACAUCCUGGCAGCCAGCAGCAUGUAUUUCAAAUCCCUUGUCCUGCAUGACAACCUGAUAAACUUAGACACGGACAUGGUGAACCCCACUGUGUUCCGGCAGAUCUUGGACUUUAUUUAUACUGGUAAGCUCUUAACGACUGACCAGCCUGGUGAACAGAACUUUAAUGCUCUCCUCACCGCAGCAAGCUACCUCCAACUGCACGACCUGGCAGCUCUCUGCAGAAAGAAGCUGAAGCGGAACGGCAAGUCCUUUGCUAGCAAGGCUGGUGGCCUUGGUGUUGGGAGAUCUGCCAGAAGUCAGAGACUUUCCACUGCUUCAGUCAUCCAAGCUCGCUAUUCAGGGUCAAAUGAGGGGUUGAAGGGCUCACACUCAAAGGAGCUGUCAAAGGGAAAGCUCUCUGAUGACGAGGUCUUCAUUAGCAGCUCCAACCAAGAGAACUGUCACUCCUUAAGCAGGGGAGCUAGCAAGAACGGCGGUGGGGGCAGCAGUGCAAAUGGGAGCACUGGUGACCAGGAGCUAGGCCUCGACCUGUCCAAAAAAAGCCCCUCGCUCCCUGUCACAGCCUCCCACGAUGACACGCAGCACAGCGAAAGCCAGCACGGCUCUCCCCAAUCUGCCUCAGCCCCUGCAGCCAACAGUGCCUCAUCGUUUGACGAGUCUGGUGUCGGAGCCCCCCACAGCAUGGCCGACAGCAGCGACCCCAUGGAGAUGGAUCUGAGCGAGGAGUGCCACCACUCACUGACAGAGAGCAGCCAGCGCAAGGGCCUCCGGCACUCGUCCCGCAAGAAGGAGUGGAUCAAGAAAGACAACGCCUUUGACCGAAAGGAAGGGGGCAAAGACAGGGACGAGGGUGAAGGGCUGCCCAAUGGUAUCCUGCUGGGGCCCUUGUCCAAGUCUGUGGAGAGGAGUCUGGCUGGGGCCUAUGGGGCAGACCUGCCCUACCCAUGUAAGGAAGAGGUGGAAAACGGUAAGGAGAACAGUGAUGACAGCGGCCAGAGCGAGAGUGAGAGUGGCGGCCAUACCAGUGCCAACUAUGUCUACCGGCAGGAGGGAUUUGAGCCAGUGGCCUAUGGUGACAACCUGUAUGUCUGUAUCCCCUGUGGCAAAGGCUUCCCGAGCUCUGAGCAGCUCAAUGCCCAUGUGGAAACGCACACUGAGGAAGACCUUUACAUCAAGGAGGAAGGCACAUACGGCAGCAAGGAUGAAGCCGAGGAUUUGUCCAACCCCAAUCAGUCCUACGCUGCGGAGUCCCGGCCCUUCAAGUGUUCCGUGUGUGAGAAGAGCUACAAGGAUCCAGCCACGCUGCGGCAGCACGAGAAGACUCACUGGCUGACGCGGCCCUUCCCUUGCAACAUCUGCGGCAAGAUGUUCACACAGCGGGGCACCAUGACACGGCACAUGCGCAGCCACUUGGGGCUCAAGCCCUUUGCUUGCGAGGAAUGUGGGAUGCGCUUUACCCGGCAGUACCGACUAACAGAGCAUAUGCGUGUCCACUCAGGAGAAAAACCUUACGAAUGUCAACUGUGUGGUGGGAAAUUCACCCAGCAGCGCAAUCUGAUCAGCCACCUGCGAAUGCAUACCUCUCCCACAUAAGCCAAAGACUCCAGAAUGAGCUUCAAGCCCAUCCGCAGUGAUUUACCUUUCUGUAGACUUGCUGCUUAAAAAAAAAAGGAAAAAAGAAAAAAAAAACAAACAAAAAAGGGGGCAACUCCCCAUACUCUGUUCAGUCAUGAGAGGCCUAAACAAAUGUAGCUUUAACAUUUAAAAAAAAAAGUUCCUUUUUUUUCCUUUUUUUAAAAAAAGAAAGGUCCACAGCCAAGCUGAUGCAUUUAGUCCCAGUCUCCCUUCAAAUUUUGAUGACCUGGCAAGAAAUGCCUCUUCUUUUUGCACACAUCGACUUCAUUGCCAUAUUUCUUAUCUGCAGCAGGUAGGGGUACCUUGGGGAACUUUCAGCCUCUGCUGGCUCCCCCUUCUCUGCCUCUUUCUGUGUUCCUGUCACUGUACUCACCUCCUCUCUUAAAACCAAACUCAGCAGGGGUAUUUCUUGCCAUUAAAAAGAAAAUAGAGUAAACCUUUUCAGUGGCCUAAGUAGCUGUGAAAUAAUAGCAUUCUCAAGUGCAGAAGCUGUGUCUGUGGACCAUCUCACAGGGUUGGCAGCCUCUCCAGAGACUGUGGGAAAGCCACGGCAGUAGCGGAGCCCAUCCCCGUCCCUUGGGGUGGCGAUGGUGGGGGGAGCAGCUCCCAGGGCCGCACCAGCCCCAGUACUUCACUUAAAGAAAAGGCAAAAUCUCCCUUACCAUCCCUCCCCAUUUUGGUUUUGGUCUUUAUCCUUGGCACGCAUAACCACGUGCCACCUUCUCCCAUAAAACACGCAAACCUCUUUUGCCUUACCCAUGACUGAACAGGGACUGGAUGCCCUGGGAAUUUCUUUCAGUGAGCAGGGGGUCGUCUUUACUUUUCUAGUAGUUUCGUAUGAAUAUUCUUUGCUUAGAGGUACUUGUUUUAUUAAAGGAAAAACCAUUGUAACGUUUA